AUGAGUUUCAUAAAACUUUUCCCUUUGUUAAUCCUACGCCGUCUUCCAAAGCUCAACUUCCGAACUAUCUUAGCUUCUCCUCUCUUUAGCCAGCUUGGUGAAAAAGGAACAGGUACCUCGCUUCAGCCUCUCAUUAUUUUCAUCAUCGGGGUACCUGGGGUGGGUAAGGGCACUCACUCGGAAUUUAUCAAAGCUGCGUUUCCCGGCCUGACCCAUCUCUCUUUUGGCGGCCUGAUACGGUACCAGGACAAGAUCCCAGGAUCUUGGGUUAGCAGUUUUCCACGUCGCGAGACAACUGACCGACCACUCCUCCCAGCCCGCGAUGCUGUUAAACUGGUCCGGGACACGAUCGAAACAGGAGUGAAGCAAUAUGGUCAAAUGGUUUGGCUGAUUGAUGGCUUUCCACGCGACGAACAGCACGUUGCGGAGUGGAUGGCUCAGAUGCCACGGCCAGAUUGCGCUCUGUAUCUAUUCUGUUCGCCUGAAGUUUCAUGUGAACGCCUACUUGGACGGGCAGGAACAUCAGGGCGACCCGAAGACAAGGAUCCGAAAUCAAUACAGGAGAGAGUCCAGCGCAACAAUGCUGAGAGCGGCCCAAUGCUUGAUGCCCUUGAACAGUCGGGCGUGCCGAUAAUCAGAGUGGAUACGGAUAGGGAUCUCAAUAUCGUUAAGGAAGAAGUCGUCGAUCACAUCCGGGGGAUGAUGAAGCGUUCGAAACGUGUAUGA